CGAACACGAGGAGAACACGCAAACUCCAACCUAGGCUCGAACAGCCUAGGCGCUGUGAGGCAGCACCGCUACCCGUUGCGCCGGCACGCCGCCCCCUAUUUACUGAUGUACUGUAUUUAAAAACUUGAGCUAAACUGGUAAACCUGAGCAGACCAGACCAAACCACUCUUAAUCUUCUCAGUCAUAUUUCCUAAACGCAGACACAGUUUAAUCUCAGCCGUAUUAUUUCCAUUGCGACGGACCAAACGGAACGAACACUAUUAACGUACUGUAACCCAACACACCAUACAGUACAGGGGUGUGACGAGCACGUGGUGGUUCGGGCACGUCCCUCAAGUCAACAACAUUACGUCCCGGGAGGGGGCGGAGUUAGGGGCGGGCUCCAACGUCCAAAAAAGGAUACGCUCGCGCUCGAGUGGGCCGUGUCUCUCCUUAUAUGGGCACGGGCGGUCCGACGUGAGGCAAGGGACUCUCCUGUCGGCGGCGCGCCGACUGUCACGUCGGGCUCGUAGUUCGAAAAGCCGUGUGAUUGUUUUCCGGAUGAACGGGCACGUACUGUCCCGCCGCGCGCUAUAUACCCGACACUUCGAGUCCAAUUUCACUGGUCGCUGGAUGAGUGCGCACAGCUCCUGUGGAUACACAAUUACGCUGAUGGCUUAUUCCUCUAAAGCCCCUGCACAUGUACUGGUCCUGCUGAAGAACCUCAACUUUCAGAGGGCGACGGGCCAAUUUUGUGACUGUGUGAUCCGACUGCAGCUGAACCCUGAAAAACUGUAUUUGGCUCACAGAAACAUCCUGGCCGCUUCAAGCCCGGUCCUGGCCUCUCUCCUGUCCAGUCAAGGGACACUGCUGGAUUUACAAUUUCCAGGCCUAACACAUGAAACACUGGAGCUACUGCUGGAGUUUAUCUACACAGGUAGCCUGCCCCCACCUGGCCUGGAAGACUCGGUGCACUCUGCUGCUGCCUGCUUAGAAAUGGAGGAACUGCUGGAUGCUCUUGACUGCAGGCGGACUAAUUCAUCUGAGUCACCUAAACACAUGGAAGCGGAUGAAAAUGCAUCAUAUCUAGAAAGUUUUGUCGAGGCCCAGGUGACAGGAAGGAACAACAAAACUGCAUCUCACUGCCAGGCGUCAGAAUGGAGGAGGCAAAGUUGUGAGGUUGUUCCUGUGAUACGCCACGCAGGUGACCCGAGUCACAACUAUGAUGGCUGCAACACCAGGAGAAAGAGGACAGGGGGCUGUGGAAAGGAGACCCCUCGAUUUGGACUUUCAGCACAGCAUGAUGGAUUAUCAGAUGCCACAGGGCAGGAGUCAGUUUUGCAUGGGACAAAACAUCUCAAAUAUUGUUCUGUCAUCAGAGACACUGUAAACGACAAAUUUCUAGACACUCUGGAUGAAACACCGCAUCCACACGCUGCUAUGAAGGAAGAUGUGAAAACAGAAGUGCAUAUCAAAGGAAAAAGUGUCAUCGUGAACACUAUGCAUUCAGAAACUGCCAAUGUGUGUGUCUAUACAGUCCACACUAAAGCUGAAUGCUCUCCUCUGACGCAGAGUAAUACUUCCACUGAAAUUAGUUCAUUAAGGAACUCCAUUGACCAAGAAGGGACAUCUGAUCAAGAGGCUGUGGAUACUUCUUCACACUCAGAUAAAACUUCUGAUGUUAACAGUCAGCACACGCUUGAGAAUGGACAUUUGGCAGUCAUCAGUCAACUUGAUAGCAAAAUCUGCAAUGUAACAUCUCCCAUGCUCCACACAGCUACCGUUGCCCAAAAAAUACUUGGCAAUGCUGAUGGGCAAACAGCUGUGGAAAACAAGUAUAACUGUUUUGUAGAAGACUGUGAAUUGUCUUCAGACUUCUCUUGGGGUCUGGAAAAAAAAAGCAGUGAUUGCAGACAGACAUGUGUGCAACAAUGUCCAAAGAGAUCCAUUACCCCAAAUCCGCACCCAUGGAUUAUAACGGCCAACUCUUGCACAGAAAACCAUGUGGUUUCACAAAAGAUUACAAAGCCAGUAACAUUCACAGAGAGCCAACAUGGCACCCAGAGAGACACUGGUCUGAACAUACCAGAUAGCGAUAGAGAAAAAGAAUAUUUUUUCAGCCAAGAGAAAAAUGAAAUGUUAGACUACAAGGGCCAGGUAACCUAUCAUUACCUUCAUAGCCGGCAACGGGAAGAAAUGAGCAACUUGGAAGAUGAAGGCCAUGAUGGUGCUAUGGCGAACGUAGAUGACCAUGCCAGAGAGGAUUCCCGCAUUUCACCCAAGCACCCAGCUAUGGAUUCCAGUGAGAUUAUGGAAACCACAGAAGGCUCCAGCAACUGUUCCAGUGCUCAGAUCAGUUCCAUCGGCCUUGUGGGUGCCCAACAGUACAGAUGUGCAGUGUGUGAGAGGGAUUUCAGCCAGCGAGGCUCCCUCAACCGGCACCUGCGCUCUCACCUCGGGGUAAGGCCAUACUCCUGCCCCCGGUGCCCCAUGACCUUCUCCCGACAAUACCGUGUCCUGGAGCAUCUGCGGGUGCACCAGAGGAGCUGCCAUGGGUUCCAGAGGACUGGGCCCACGUGAUCGACAAGUGACAUCGCUGCCUUGCACAUCACAUCCCCGUACAUGUCAGGGGCUGCAGAGGUUGUAGUAAACCGGUGUAAUUCUCACCUUGUGUCCUACCCUUUGGCCUUAUGAAUACUUGUGGGUGUUUCUUUGUCAUUCUAUGAAUGGGUGUUCGUUUAAGGAAAACCCUAAACAGAAGGAGAAUUCAGUUGCAACAGGUUGUAACAAGCAAUUUUCAAUUACUACCUCUGCCAGUAACUAUAAAUGCAAGAACAUUCAUUUGCCAUCCAUGGUUUUAAAUUUAUGUCUUUUAGUAAUAUACAGUAUAUAUGAAAAUAUAGUGACUUUGUAUUUUGAAACAUCUCACUGUUCAGAAGACAUGGUGCCUACAAUAAUUUAAUUCUUUGAUCUCUGCAUACAAGACAAGUUUCUUCAUUUACAGUUGACAACAAACCAUAUAUGCAUACUCAGCCACAUACUACUGGACUACUUGAUAUAGUGUAAAUUGACAAAUAUUACUUAUAGUACUUCAAAAAUUGAAUUUUAUUGUAAAAAUGAUUACAGUUAUAUUUUUCCAUUUUGCAAGUACUACAAUCAAUAGAUGCAAAAAUGUGUACAAGGUUACUAAAAAGACAAGAUUCAAAUUGAAUCAUAAACAAGACUAAACACAAGUGUGGGCAAUGGCUGCUGACAAACAACCUACAGAGCAUAAACUUGUCAACAAAUGAUAGCCAAAGACAGCAACACAAUUAGAAGUAUGUUUGAUGGACCAAUUCCAUUUCAGUGGUUUUUUUCUGCACUUUUGAGACCUAACAAAAGAAGUAUUUUGUCAAGAGCCACAUAAGCGUACUUAAAACUAACUGCAAUAGUAAGCAAUUUCCAUCUAAUUAGAAUAUUGAAGUGUCCCAUGUUUGGCGGCUAAAUAAUUCCACAAACCAGUGGUAGCAUGUAGCACAGUGGUUAGUGCUUCUACCUUUGGACUCAAAUGACCCCAGUUUGAGUCCCACCCCUGGUGUAAUUUUUCUGAGCAAGGUUCUUAUCCUGAAUUCUCCAGUAAAAUUGUCCAGAUGUGUAUUUGGGUAAAUCAUUGUGAGUACCUUAGCAUUGUAAGUUGCUUUAGAGAAGUGUCUGCUAAAUAAAUGCAGACCCGUGUUCAACAUGGAACAUAUAUGCAUGAAUUCAUAUUUCUGGUGGGGAUCUUGCUUCAUCCCAUGCAGUUCCAAUAGUCUUUUAAAUGAAAUUCAUAUGCCAAUUAUUAGUAAAUGUUUCACAAAAAACUAACAGUUUUUGUAGGAAUGAAUAUCUAGCAUUUACAUAUAUGAUGACUACUUUUGUAGAUGCUAAUAUGCAAUUUUCACAUUACUGUAGCACUGGGUUUUUGAGAAUAUUUUAUAUAUAGUGUUGUGCGAACAUAUGACCUUUUUGUAUGCUCUCUGAACAUAAUUAAUUUGAAAGCAAAAUGCACUUUGUUUUACUUAGUAAAUACAAAAUAUUAUGUAUGUACCGAUAGAACUCCAUUAUCCCAGUUUAUGAGCCCUGAAACAAAUAUGUAAAAAAACUGAAUUAGAACAAAGUAAUAUAAACUUCCUGAUGUAGGGGAACCCAGACUGAUGGCAGAGGCACCACCAGAACUAUCCUGCAAGCGAUAUUAUCUUGUGUAUUCUUAUUUUUCAUGAAACACUAAAUUGCAUAUUACACUCCUACCUUUUCAUUUUCAACCUGAUUAUCAUUUUUUAAAAUCCCAAAUCAUGAAUUAGGAAGUUAUACUGUUAAUAAUUAUUCUAUACAGUAUAAUUUGAGUAAUACUACUGUAUAAGCCUUUAUGCAGCUACUUGUGUAAUGUAGACAUAUAGUUCAUAUGGUGGAAUGUGACAAAUUAACUGUGCUUUUGAAUGAGUUGUCUGCAUCCAAGUCUCUCUUUCUGUUGAUAUAAAGCACUCAUUGUAUCCUUAUCUGAGAUGCAUGUCGCUUUCAAGAAAAGCUUCUGCUAAAUGAAUAAAUGUGAACAUUAUAACUCAGUAAUGGCAGGUUAUAAGUCUUAUGAAAUACCUGUCUGCCUUGACAGAUUGUGUUAUGUGCCAAGUGCUGAAAUAAGUUUAUUUAUGUAACCAUAUUUGGUAAAAACAUUUUUUUUUUUUUUUGCUCUGGACCAUUUAAUAAUUAUUAUUAAUAUAAAUGGUAAGUUAGACCCAGAUUACAUCAAAUUUAAGAAAAGCAAUACAUUACUCAUGUAAACUGUGAUGAAGAUUAUGUUGGUGUAUAUUAUUUCUAACGUUAAUGUAUAUGAAAGUGUUUUUUGUUUAAAACUAACAGGUACAGCAAUUAAAGGUGUCAAAAUAC